AUGCUCUAUCACAGGCUGAGAGACGUGGAAACUCCUGUCGUAUUGGUAGUAAAGGAUCAAGAGGGAUUUGUAAGUGAGCUCUAUUUAUACAGUGUCAUGUGGAACCGAUUUUCGUGUUAAUCAUAACUAUAACAAAAUUUUCAAAUCUGAUUGCCUACCAGCUGACGGUGUAAUAGGACAGUACUGCCUAAGUAAUUGGACAGUACUCGCCAUCGCGCGCGCGCACUUAAAUAGCUUUUUUUACCGCUAGCAGAAAACUCUCGGAAUUUGUGUUUUAAUUUACUCGUGAUUAAACAAAUCAGACUACAGCGUUAAUCAUUCAUGUGAUUACAGAACGAAUUGGACUCCAUUUACAGUCCUAUUACCUUUAUUAAUUAAUAUAAAAUAGCAUUUAGGAAUUUUUUUUUAUCACUCUUUCCUAAUUUCCAAUACUUUUUCUUUUUGUUGGUCUUUUAGUACACUUUGUUCGAAUUUUUUUCAAGAAAGUUUACGAUGAAAAACGUUGCAUUACAUGUCAUCAUUGGAAUUUGCCGGUCGAAAUCUCUUCCUCAGGCUAUAUUAACACUAGAGGAGAAAUGUCUCCGGAUUUAUUACAUUAAGCUAUAAGGUAUUCGGACUUGUAGGCGUUUACACAAACACAGCCAAUUGGAAAAACUUAAUUCGCACUGUUCACUUUAGCUUACGAAUUCAUAUUUUUGGGCACGCGACCAAACUCGGAUGUUUGUAUUUCGGCUCAGGCAGUCCAACUAGCGUAGACCUAGCUUCAAGCCUUAUGCAUGUAUCCCUGACCUAUUUGACGAAAUGGCUCUCAUGUUUCGCCUCCUCGAACGAUUUUUGUCUCCUGCACAACAUUUACAUCAUAGGUAACUUUCCACAAAAGUAAAAAGAUCGCAAGAGAUACAGAUAGUGGGUCCCUCCACCACACACGUACACGGUUAAUUUGGGGCGUCUAUAUUUCCAGUAUUAUACAUUUUGAAAGUGAAAUCAAGGUUUUUGUUUCUUAACAUUUGUUCAUUAGGUGUUUGGUGUAUUUUCUCCAAUUUCUCCUCGGAUGGACGCUAGUUUCUGUAGGUUUGGAAAAUCAUAUUUCUUCACCUGUAGACCACAGUUCAAGGUAAGCUUAGCGAUAAGACCGAAAACUAAAUAUAUUGUCCAGUGUUUCAUCUGGCGGACGACCAGUUCUUUCCACCAGCGCUUUUUCUUCACCUACGCACGAGACCCUUAAGACGUUUUUUAGUUUAUCCGAGCAGUAUACAGGACGCAUGUCUAUGAAUCUAGUGACCGACUUAGCUCUCAAACGACUUCUCCCAUACAGUAAAAUGGUGGUAUAGUGUUUGAGGGCUCAGACGUUUUCCUUGUCCCAAAAGUUACUCUUUUUUCCUGCAUCACUGUGAUUCUUUAAAAAACACGACAUCGUUAUUAGCCCCAUGUAAAAGAAUUCAAGACAGUCUCGGAUUCUGGAUGGCGGAUUCUUUGUCAAAGGAACUUGGAUUCCGGAUUCCACGGUUAGUGCUAUUCCGGUUUCCUUGAGCUGUAUUAUGGAUUUCAAAAUCCAGGAUUCCAGAUUACACCAGAUAAAAUUCUCAAAUUACAGAUUCCAGAACCAAACAUUUUGCGGAUUCCGGAAUCUGGAUUCCCGAGUUACCUGGGGAAAAGUUAUGUUCGUUAUCGGGACGCACGUAAUCUCACCCUAGGUUCCAGAGGAUAUUUUUUUCUUGUCGAUACUGAUGUUUGCAGCGUCAACGAGGCGCCGAGAGAAAAAAAAAGUCCGUCUCGAAAACCUUAUCAACCGUAAGCACGGUUUAUUUCAUUUUGGGUAUUUUAAGAACGGACUUCUGGAGCCAGGGUAACGUAGGCUCACAAUAUCACAUGUAAUUAGAGAUACAGGUAUCUACAUUGGCUUGGCUCUUUUUGUAGAUUUAUCCAUGCCGUGGAAGAAAUUCUUACUACAUGACAGGAGAUGCAAAUGGACUUGCCUUCGGAAGCAGUGAGUAAAUGUUUUCUUUUCACUUUUUUUGUAUUUAAUGGCACUCUUCCCUUCCGGAUGUUGACAAACAAUACGUAUACUAUACUAUUUUGUUUAUGAAUUUAAAGACGAUUUGUAGAUUACAUCAAUGAAAUAAAACUUAUUUUAAUUGACAAAGCAAUGAUCUUCAGUCUCUAGUUGAGUUGUGUGUUGCUCAAGCGAGUCGUUCCCAGGUCACGGGUAGGAAAGAAUCCUUGGAACGAGGUUGUGUGUUGAUGAGUUCAUCUCUUUUACAGCCAUUUUGAGAAAGGUGGUCGGAAAAAGUGCACGCGACAAUCCCGAAAGGCAUUGUGGGUGGUUUUUAAGUCACUCUUCUUCAAAGAAAUUUGAAAGAAUCGCAUGAGAGGCCAUGGACGUAUGUUUGCGAGUGCUAAAGGAAAGCAACAAAAGUAGGCUGGACAGCUACAGCGUCAGGGAACAGUGUAUUGAUCAUAUCCCAUAUUACCUUUCGGGAUUGUUGCGUCCAUAUUUUUUGGGACAACCUUUCUCGAAAUAGCUGUAUAUUAAAACCCUUCUUCGUUUGACUAUUUUCAUUUUUUUUGUGUCUAACUGCCUAAACCUCAACCCACCUUUGUUCUUUGGGCCUUUAAGUUGGUCCAAAACUGCCCAUAUUGCUAGAUGCAACAUUUGGAUCUGUCUUUUGAAUAUAUAAAACAGCUUUGCAUGACUUCGAAGGACUUUUAGGACCAACAGCCCGUUCUAUUAUGUUGUGUUAUGUUAGAAAAAAAAUGAUGGGUCUGUUCACGCGACGAAGUACCAAGAACGCUUUUCAAAAGUCAGAACUGGCCGACCAGACGUCUGAGUAAUUGAAACGUGGAACAAAAGUCUUUUCUCCAAAUUUUUUUCUGUAAUCAUAGGAGUGAUUUACAAAAUCGCGGGAGUCCGAUUUGUUUAAUCACGGGUAUGAUUACCAACCGAAUUGGACGAUACAAAUCGAAGUUCUGUUACAAUUUUGUCAUAAUCAUUACAAUUUUCGAGAAAAACAACUGCAUUUUGUUUUUGUGAAAGAGCUUUUAAUACCAAUUAUCCAAAAUUAGGGAAAAUAUCAAAGAGACAUUGUGUAAUGUUACAAAUUCGUCCAUUUUUGCUUUGGUUAUAGUGAUAAAUUCUGCGCUUAAAGGUGUCCGAUUACAGUCAACUGUCCGAUUACAACCCUACACAAUGAUUGGUGAAAAAUAAAGCAGUCAACGCACCAAUCAAAUUUGAGGAAAUUGUAACGGUUAUGAUUAAUAGUGGAAUUCUCUUUUUGAUCGGGCUCCUCUAGCCAGCCAAAACUAACAAAUAGUAAGCGCCCCUAGUAUGCUGACGCGAGGACACAAAGAACGGCAGCGUUAAAGACUAUGAAGCACCUUGAUCACUAUUAAAUUCUUGUUAAUUUUCAGGGGGAAAUUUGGGCUUUGGUUAGACAGUGAUCUGUAUCAUGGUAGAAGCACUGCCUGCGAAACUUAUGACAGCGAGAUGCUUUCCGCCACCGAGGAUUUCAUUUGUCUUGGCGUUGAAGUCUGGACUUUUGGCUAG